UAUCCUUAGCAUCUUAACGGUGCCAUUAAAUUAUCUCAAUCAUUUUUGUAUUUCUCGAAAAUAUUCAAUAUUUCCUUCAGCACAAAACCAAUUAUGUGGAGGUUAUUAAGGUUAAGUGGCGCAACGCUUCACGUAAAAAUAAUGCCCAAGUUCUGUGCCAAUUUGGCUUUUCUCUUUAAAGAAAAGCCGUUGUUAGAGAGAUAUUCGGCUGCCAAGGCAGCUGGGUUUAAAGCUGUUGAAACUGGCUUCCCUUAUGGGUUUUCAAAAGAACAAGUCAUAAGUGCCAAAAAUUCGGCAGGAAUAGAGCAGGUUCUUAUUAAUAUAUUAACGGGGGACGUAACUAAAGGUGAGCUUGGACACGCUGCGUUGCCGGGAUCAGAGAAUGAAUUUAAAAAAAAUCUGGAGACUACAAUAGAAUUUGCGAAAGCUCUGGGAGCAAAAAAAAUUCAUAUAAUGUCGGGACGCGUAAAUGAUGAAGUUACAAGUAUUCACGAUCAAACUUACGUGGAAAACUUAAGAUAUGCUGCCAAAGUGCUUGAAAAAGAGAACCUAAUAGGGCUUAUAGAACCUAUCAACAAAUAUUCGGUCCCCGGAUAUUACAUGAAUUCAUACGAGAAAGCAUUGGCUGUUUUAAAAAGUAUCAACAGCCCCAGCUUAAAACUGCAACUAGAUAUUUUCCACUUGCAACUAAUAAAGGGAGACAUUACGCAUACAAUUAAGGCUUUAACGUCAUAUAUCGGUCACGUCCAAAUUGCUCAGGUUCCAGGACGAAAUGAACCGAAUACUGAGGGGGAAAUUAAUUACAAAUACAUCUUUGAUUUGCUCAAGCAAGAAGGGUACAAUGACUGGAUUGGACUUGAAUAUAAUCCACAGAAGGACACUGAGAGCGGAUUAAAUUGGAUCAAUAAAAUGGGAUACACUUUAUAGAAAAAACGACCUAUGUAAAUUGUUUCCAAAUAUUAAAUUUUUAUUUAGCAUUUUUUUUUGAUUCAAUCGAAUGAAAUAAAAGAGUUUCCGUUUGGCUC